UCUUCACCCUUACACAUUGUCCAACUCCUUCCAAGUUGUGGAAAAAUUAAGGUAGGCUGUAUUUAACUAAUGGCAGAGCCUUCCUAGUGCAAAUGUGCUCCCUGCUCUACCCUAAAGCUGGCCUUAAUUAUAUGUGUCACAAAGAAUAGACUGUGUGUGUUUAUUGGAACUGUACGUGCCCCCCCCACACCCCACACACACUCUUAUUUGCACUGUGUAACCCGAGGAGCACAGUGAGUGACAGGGAGCCGGCAUGGGAGGAUAUGACGUGCAUUACCAUGGUUACUGAUACAAAGCUGCAGUUCCUGGCUGAAGUCACUGAUAGUUAAUAAAUGCCUGUCCUCCCUUUGGUGUAUGUAGUACUGCAGCACGGGUAGCCUUAUAAUUACGUGGGACAGGCACUGCCUGCACCUCUGCCUUGGCUGGCAAAUAGCAGUUUCCUCAAGAUGAGCAACUCCUCCAUGUCUAUCAACUCGCUUCUCCCGGUCUCCGCUAAGUCACAUGCUGAUCCCAGAUCCCAGACACCCCCAAGGCUUCCUUCUCCAGCAGAAAGGCCACCUGAAGUUGAACCCACCUCUAGUCUGGCAAAUACGGUGUCUGUACUAGAGAAAAGAAUCGUCUUUUUGCAACGGGAGCACGCCGACACCCUGCACAGCCUCCACCAGGAGAUCCACUGCCUGAACAUGCAGAACUCAGAUCUAAAAUAUAAGCUGACAAUGCAAGAAAAGAACAAUAAUGCAGUGCACAGCUCUCCAGCAAAUGGCAGUAACACCGGCGAGUCCCUGCAUGGAGCAGAAGGCCGGGUGCCUGUUUUAAGGAAACACCAAGAAAAUAGCGGCAGGCGAAAAAUGAGGCAAAUGUGCACAGAUGAAGAAUUCCGUCCCGCGUACACAGCCAGCACACACAUGGAGGUUACAAAGAGGUAUUGGCAGCCUAGCAAGCUAGCUUCAUGGGACUCUGCAGGUAGCAGCAGCCUAAACAUCCAUCAGACAGUGCUGGCUGACCCUACGCCCAUCGUAUCUCUAAAGCCUCUUUUUGUCCAGAAGUACUUACCACAUACUCUGAGGUCACCAACUAUGAUGGAACAUGAGAAAAUCAUUCGACAGCUUUGUACAACAAACCAGCAAGUGACACAAGAGCUGCUGCAGAUUAAAGCAUUUCUGAGCAAUGUUAUCCGGACUGAGUGGAACAAAGAAAGCCAAACCCUGGCCAGAGCUUUCCUCAAAGACGCCAUAAGGGUGCCUCCUGCAAAGCAAUAUUCAGAUAGUGUUAUAUUCCCUCCACUCAGACAGACUCUGGUGAGCAAUUUGGCCAACAGACAGAAGAAAGUUCAAGCUGUUCAGAGUCGUCGUCUUCGCAGAGUUCUGCAUUAAUGCUGUGUGGCUUUAAAGGGCUGGAGUG